AUGGGUUUUAGAACUUUAUCGAAGCUUGUUGUGCCUGCUUUAACUAAUUUAUAUGGAUUUUCUCGUUUACAAUUAAGUACGUUAAAAAUGUCCGGAAAUAACCCUGAUUAUAAAAAUGCUUCAAGUAUUCACGAAUUUACAGUAAAAAAUAUAAAAGAAGAAGAUGUCAAGCUGGAUGUAUAUAAAGGUCAUGUAUGCAUCAUUGUAAAUGUUGCUUCACAGUGUGGAUUAACUGCUAAUAACUACAAACAGCUAAACGAAUUAUAUGAACAUUACGGCGAAACCAGAGGUUUGAGGAUUUUGGCCUUCCCAUGUAAUCAGUUUGCUGGUCAAGAACCUGGUAACUCGGAAGAUAUAGUUUGUUUUGCCUCUGAACGGAAAGUCAAAUUUGAUUUGUUUGAAAAAAUUGAUGUUAAUGGUGACUCAGCCCAUCCAUUAUGGAAAUUUUUAAAGUAUAAACAAGGCGGAACUUUGGGCAAUUUCAUCAAAUGGAAUUUUACUAAGUUCAUUAUUGACAAGGAUGGCAUCCCCGUUGAAAGACAUGGACCAAAUGUUGAUCCUGCUAACUUGGUGCAGUCUCUUGAGAAAUAUUGGUGA